AUGGCAAAAGCUGCGGAUCACGAUCUGGAGCACGUUCUGUCUGAGCAUGGGCUGACCUUGACGGAGGACGGUCGCCAUGUGCGCUGGGCAAAGACAAAUAAAGACCAUCCAAGGAAUUGGCAUCCGCUUCGAAAAGCCUAUGACUUUAGUAUGGUUUUUGUGUUGGAAGUUUUUACAACUGCAACCAGUACAGCUGGAGCAACAGCUGCAAAUCAUGCUCGCGAUCAAUUCCAUAUCGACGUGACUCCUUCUAUUCUUUACUUUGUCACAAUGUACCUACUCGGUCAAGCGAUGGGAUGCGUCGUGUUCCCACCCUGCUCGGAAUCCUUUGGUCGCAAGUACAUGUACGUCUGGAGCACUGUCUUCUACUGCAUCUUUUGCGUCAUCAUUGCUGUGGUGCCUUCGCCUGCCGCCGUUGCUGUUGGACGAUUUAUCUCGGGCUCUCUGUCGGCCGUGCCAAGUGUUGUCGUCAAUGGAACCAUAGAGGAUAUGUUUAAUGCAGACACUCGCAUCUGGAUUGUUUUUAUGAACGCCAUUUCUACGAACAUAGGGCUGGCGGGUGGUCCGAUCAUGAGUGGUUACAUUACCACGACCUUGGGGUGGUUCGAUUUCCGUCUCAUCUGGGUGUUUUAUAUCGCAGCUAUUGUGACCGGAAUUCUCGCCGUCCUGAUGUUCACCAUUAAAGAGUCGCGACCGACAUUGCUGCUAGCCCGCAAGGUACAGAAACUGCGCGAUCAAACAGGAAACCAAUCCCUAGAAGCAUUUAACCCCGACCACGUAUCUGACAUGAUGACUUUUGUGCGCCUCUCGCUGUUUCGACCCCUGCAGCUCUUCUUCACCGAGCCCAUCGUCUUUACGGUGGCGUUGAUGAACGGCACCUGCAUGGCUCUGAUUUACCUCUUCACGGAGGCCCUUCCAAUUAUAUACCCUCUAUUCGGGUUCACGGAAGCACAAGCCAACCUACCCUUCGUGGCUUUUAGUCUAGGUAUAUUUCUCAACAUUCCCGCACGGUUCCUCGACCGACGACUCCGUGCCAAACUACGGAAACAGGGCCACGUUGCCGGACCGGAGAGUAAGCUGAUCGGACUUCUUCUCGGAGCCCCCGUUCUCGCCGGCGCACUGUGGCUCUUUGCAUGGACGAUCCCACCCAUGGUUCCAGACGUACACUGGAUUGUGUCGGUGUUGGCGUUAUUCUUCAUCGGGUUCGCACUUAACGAGUUCGCUACAGUCUACGCGGGCUAUAUCGCGGACAGUUAUUUGAGUUAUGCCGGUAGUGCACAGGCAGCGUUGAGUAUGCUCCGAUCGCUGAUGGGGGCUUUGUUUCCCCUGUUCACGCCCAAGAUGUUCAAUUCGCUGGGGAACAAUGUCGCAGUGUCGGUGUUGGCGGCCGUCGCGACGGUUUUCUGUGCGGCACCAGUGUUGUUUAGUCGAUACGGUGUUUCGUUGCGGAAGAGAAGUCGGUUUGCGGGUUAUAGUCUGCAGGUGUAUGAGACAAGCACAGUGGAAGAUGACGGCCGUUAA